AUGGGGUAUUGUGGAAGCAAACAAUAUAGGAAGGAUAAAUAAAUCAACAAAAAUAAUAUCAGUGACUCACAAUUUUAAUAGUAUCAAUUGCAAAAUUCGAUGUCAUAAUCAACAAACUUUAAUUGCUCAAUGCAAUAGCAAAAAGUAUACAAGAAACGAGACUAUAAAAAAAGUGAAUUAAUUGGAAAGGGAUCCUUGUUUGAAGUCUAUCAAGCUCUUGAUAAUAAGACAGGAAAAUUAUUGGCAAUUAAGACUGUUAAGAUUCAAGGGACAAAAGAAUAAAAUAAUUAAUUGAUCAAUUAGUUAAAGGCUGAAAUAAAAUUAUUGAAGCAAUUAAAACAUAAGAACAUAAUCCAGUAUUAUUUUACAGAGAUAAGCCCAGAUUUUACUUAUGUUGAUAUCGCUCUAGAAUAUAUAUCAUAAGGUUCCUUAAGGAGGGUUUUGAAUAAAAUUCACCUUGAGGAAUCCAAUAUUAGAAUAUAUGGUAAACAAAUUCUGGAAGGCAUUCAAUAUCUCCAUAAAAAAAAUAUAGUACAUAGUUACAUUAAGACAUCAACUAUCUUGGUUGAUAGUGAAGGCACAAUUAAGCUAUCUAAUUUCAAAAAGUUUAUUUCAAUCGAUCAAGAUUUUGAUAUAAAUCAAAAAUAAAAGUCACCCGCAACAGAAGAGGAAUAGAAAAGGAAUAAGGAGAAAUUUGCAAUAGACAUCUUAUCUUUAGGGGCUGUAAUAAUAGAGAUGUUUGGGGGUUGUGCAGUCAAUGUUAAUGAUUUGAUUAAGAAUAGUUCAGAAGUACUGAAACCCCCUUAUCCAUAACAUGCCAGUGCACUCUCUAAAAAUCUCUUAGAUAUUAUUUUUGUACCAAAUCAUUAAUAAUAUUCAGCUGAUAAAUUACUUUAGCAUCCAUUUUUUAAUUUUUAAUAAGGAAAAAUAGAAUUUUAAUUAGAUGAUCCUAAUUCUGAUCCUUCUAUCAUUGGGUCCAGCUUCGAGAUGAAAAAACCUUUUAUAUAAGAGAUUAAUUUGGAUCCAGGUAUCGAAUAGGGUGCACUGCUGUAAAACAAUAAGCAAAGACAGCAGGAACUUGAAUAAAAACUAUAAAGUGUAUUACGGAAAAAAAACUUACAAAAAUGA